UGUUGGCUGGAAGUGUUACAGCCAAAUAGUUUGAGUAGACACUCUUUUGCUUCCUGCCUGCCCGCCUGCCUCGCUCGCUUUGCUCUGUGGCUGAGAGAGAAAAUCCCUGUCUAGGCAUGGACCUCUGGCUGCGGUGCUCGGCGGCUCGCGAGGAAUGACAACAGCUCACAUGGUCAUUAACUCCUCUCGUCGGGGCUGAAGGGAGAACCGCACCGGAGCCAACGGGUGCCUCCUGUGUUUAGGACUAAGACAGAAGCUCACAGCGGCGCGCUGGGAACGUAUAAACCGAGAUCAGACAGAAAGUGCCUUUUGAGUUAUUAUCCCUACUUGAAGACUUUGUCCGAAGAGCUCCGGAUAUUCCUCUGCGGUCUCUGCUGGCCAUAGCUUCAAAUCCCACCUGGUUUGUCCUCGUCUGCGCUUUUUGUGCGAAUAAACCCCGAGUUAAACCUGAAGCCGAACCUCUCCGCUGCUGGCCAGUGUGCCAAAGCUUAAAGGCGCUUCGAAGGGAAGAGCUGCACACCUUUGUGCUGUCCUAAAAUGUGCCAUUGUACCUGAAAAUAGGGCCACCUUUGCUCCCCAACACCCACCCACCCCCUUCGAAAGAGAUCAUUACUCAUAAAAAGGACAUUUUGGGGACAGUGGUGUGUCCAAUACAAGCAUGAUCCCUCUGCCUCGCCAGAGGUCUGCUCUUGAGAUUUACUGAUUGAUGAUGAUUGAUGAAUCUGUUUGACUGACAAACUUCCACAGCACAGUUGUUCAUCCCAUGCUCAGGUUUCUCCACCAGAUUUAAUGUUUUUUUGGGGGGUUUUUUUUUUGGGCCGCAAAGACAAAGCACCUCCACUGACCUGAGGCAGAGUAUUUUUAACUGCAUGUUCCAUCGGUUUUACUUUUGAUUUCAUGUGUUUUUAACCCGGAGCUCUUUGUCAAAGCACCUCCUCCCCGAACCGAGCGGCUCCCUCUCCUUCCUCCUGCCCCGCGGCCAUCAGACCCCUUUCGACAUGGCUCUAAACAUAGCCUCGAUACGGGACACAAAAUGGCUGACCCUGGAAGUGUGCCGGCAGUUUCAGCGAGGGACGUGUUCACGCAGUGACGAGGAAUGCAAAUUCGCCCACCCACCCAAAAGCUGCCAGGUGGAGAACGGGAGAGUGAUCGCCUGCUUUGACUCGCUAAAGGGACGCUGCACGCGAGAGAACUGCAAAUACCUCCACCCGCCGGCUCACCUGAAGACCCAGCUGGAGAUCAAUGGCCGGAACAACCUGAUCCAGCAGAAGACGGCGGCCGCCAUGUUGGCUCAGCAGAUGCAGUUCAUGAUCCCCGGAACAACCAUGCAGCCCGUGCAGACGUUUCCGGUCAGCCAGGGCCUUGGAUCCAGUGCGGGCUUGAGCUACACGCCUUACCUGACCCCGAUGUCCCACAGCAUGGGCCUGGUCCCCACAGACAUCCUGCCCAGCACUCCCGUCAUCGUCCCCGGCAGCCCACCCGUGUCAGUGACGGCCGGUUCCUCCUCCAACCAGAAACUCCUGCGUGCCGACAAACUGGAGGUCUGCCGCGAGUUCCAGCGGGGCAACUGCGCCCGCGGCGAGACAGACUGCCGCUUUGCCCACCCGAGCGACAGCCCCAUGAUCGACACCAGCGACAACACGGUCACCGUGUGCAUGGACUACAUCAAGAGCCGCUGCUCCCGCGAGAAGUGCAAGUACUUCCACCCCCCGGCCCACCUGCAGGCCAAGAUCAAGGCGGCCCAGCACCAGGCCAACCAGACGGCCGUGGCCGCACAAGCAGCAGCCACGGCUGCAGCCAUGACUCAGUCGACUGCCAAAGCAAUGAAGCGACCCCUCGAGGCAACUGUAGACCUGGCGUUCCCCCACGGCGUCCUCCAGCCGCUACCAAAGAGACCAGCGCUUGAGAAGAGCAACGGAGCCGGCUCUCUGUUCAACCCCAGUGUUUUGCACUACCAGCAGGCGCUGGCCAACGCACAGCUCCAGCAGCCCGCUUUCUUUCACACAGGGUCAGUGUUGUGCAUGACCCCUGCUAGCAGUCUUGAUCAUCCUGAAGUGAGCGUCACCAGGGAAACGGAGUGUCACGAAGCUGCACUAGGAAGCCCAAAACAGCCCCUCUGUAAAUACUACCUUGCCUCUCCCAUAGAGGUCCAGCAACCUGCAUGCUAAGAGUGUAACACUUCAAUUUAACCACCAGAACUGCAGAGCCGCUGUAACACACACACACACAUGCACAUAGAAAACAAAAGAUAUGCACACAUAUAUGUUAUAUAUAUAUAUAUAUCUACACAUAUAUAUAUAAAAUACUGUAUGUAUUGCUAGAAAACAGACUAUGAACAUGAAAAAGUCACAAAUAUUCUUAUGUAUAGUACAGACACACUAUAGAUACAGUGGAAUAUCAACUCUUGGAUAUUUAUUUUAGAACUUCAGAGCAGCGUUCACCCCGACAGCCACACCUUCACGUCCCUUUGCUGUUUCAAACGAUAGCCUGCCCCAGACGCCAACAUUUUCUGCCCGGAAACAUCUCGCCACAAGAGCGUUACGCGCUCUUUCCACUUUUAUUUUCGCCAUCGCCCCGUCGCUGCAGAGUCGACCCGCUCGCCCUUUAUUUGCCGUGAGUUCAGCUUGUUCGCAUGCAGUCCGGACUGGAGAAGCUUGACAAGGCUCGGGCCUGCGCCAAGGGCUCGACAGAAGCUGGAGGGGUUAGCUUCAGUCAUACCAAGCCUUUUGUGUGUGUACGUGCGACUGUGUGCGUUGUGUGUGUCGUUGUCAGGAAACUGAUGGUCUGCCGGCAGACUGCGACUUUAAGCGAGGACUUGCAACUCCAGGUCUGGUAAAUGAGGUUUUUUCUUUUUCUUUUUCUUUUUGUUUAUUUUUUUUAGAACCGGGGGACAUGUGAGGGACUUAAGUGCUAAAUCUAAAUAUAAAAACAACAACAACAAAAAAAAGUUUGAAAAAAAAAAAACAAAAAUAAAGAAAAUGGUGCAUUUGACGACACUCGUCAAGCAAAAAGAUGACUUGAACUUUGAACUGGAGGGCUAUCUGUGACCGUCGGUUGUCCUGUCCAACCCUACUAUCACCGAUAAUCCUGUUUCCAUUUUAGAAAACUGUAGAAGUGCCUCAAAAAAAAAAGUUUUAAAAGAAGCUCAUCAACGACACAUAAAGCAUCCAGGGUGUGGAUCACUAAGAGUCACAAAAAAAAACCCACCGGCUGUUAAAUCCAAGUGGACUCUUUUCGGGGAAAGACAUUACACUUCGCGUUGCCGGGAAGAGGGGGGCCGGGGGUUCAACUUCCAUGGCAACGGCUCAUCUUACAUCACAAGUGACUUUACUGCAAGGAGAGAAUUUAAAGGAUCGACAAAUCAAAACUAGCUUUGUAGAAUGUUUGGUGACGUUUCACAGUGUAUCCGUCGUUUCUUACAUCGGUUUCAGUAGUUUACACGAGGAAAGUGAGUGAGAAAACAACGUAUUGUAAACUGUGUAAUGUAUGUAAAGUGUCUGUUAUUUUGACAGUUUCUAUUCACAGUUCUAGAAAAUGUAUUCAGAAUUAUUUAAAGAAGUUGUGUUGUGUCUACUAUCAAGGUGUGUUUGACCCUCCGCCUCCUAUAACAAGUGUUCGUUUUUCAAGGCCAAGACAAGAAAAAUCUCAUUUGGGUUUGCUUUUUUUUUUUUUUUCCUUGAAGUUUUUCUCCAUUUGAUCAAAAAUUCUGAUGUAAUCUCAUGGUGCUUGAUCAACACUGACAAUCCACAAUCGAAACGGUUUGUUUUCAUGCACAUUGGGACCUGUAUGUUCACCGUAGCAACAAUGAUGUAAUAAUGGCUAAUAACCUGAUUUAGGUCAUUUUAAAUAGAAUAUUGUUGUGAAGCUUUUGAGCCAAUAACCUAACAUGACACCUUAUGUCAUCCAGCAUAAAUCUUUAUAAGCAGCUUUUAAAGCAACUGGGAAAUAUUGGCUAUAUGUGCGAUAAUUGCAGACCUGUUUAUGCAGAUAUUGACGCCCAAAAAAAACUCCCAAUGUAGGAUUCUUGACACCUAAAAGGUUCCCUACAGAAAAAAAUAAAUAAAACGCUAUAAAAAUCAAAUAAGUGCUAAGUUUGACUCCAAUCAGACCUUCAAAGUGUUCAACGAUUUUUUACAUUUUUCUCAUUAAAUUAAAAAAAUUCAAAUUAUAUUAAUAUAAAUUGCGCAGUGGAGAGUGGAAUGAUUUGGGCAAUGUGAAGGUUUUAACUAGACUAUUUUGUGUUGCAAUAAUUUAUUUCUAUGCAAUAGCACAACAAAGUAUAACACAGGGGUUCCAUUUAGACCCCUCUAUCUGUUAUGCUGCCAACUAGUGGUUGAAUAUGUAAUUCCAUGAAAAGAUUUUUAAAUAACCCCUUAAAUUUUUAAAAUGUGUAUAAGGAAUUAGUUUUUUGUGUCAGAAAUGUUUAAAUAAAGUAGACUGUUAUUUAAUGAUACAGUUUACAUAAGACGAAAUAAGGUGUUUUUAUGUGAUGGCCAACAAUCUGAACCAAUUUGGGUGGAGGAUUCUAAGAAUGUCACUUUUAACUUUUUGAGGUUUAAGGGGAAGUGAGGUGGAGAAUUUUUAACAUUCAUUCAAACUGUUUAUGUUUGGAAAAUCCCACGUCACAUUGACAAAAAUAUCAGGAAUUAAAAAAUGAAAAGUGGCUAAGAGGGAACAGUUGGGUCUACAGAAAUGAAUGCUCUGCUAAUAGCGUGAGAACCAAUUAUGCUAUUAGCAAAAUGUCACAUUAAUGGUCCACAAACUUAAUAUUAGUGGUUCCAUUCCUCUUUCAUAACAUUUAAAAUGGCCGUUAUUGGUAUUUGUUGCGCUGCUGGUCAUUAUCACCUCAUCGGUUGCUACACACCCUUUUGUGAAAGGCGGUAAAUUGUCCUGUUUUGUUGUAAUUUAUCUUGCGUCACUCUAGGUGAGAUUUUACUCAAAAAUGAUGUUGUAAACUAUCCUGUUUUGAGAUGAAUGUAAUUUAUUGAGCUGUGCAGCGUUUCUGCACGGGUCAGUUGUCUUUUUUUUUUUUUUUUUUUUUUUUUUUUUUUUAAGGCCAACCCCUCCGUUGAGCCGGCAGAUGAGGAGUCACACUGCGGCGGGGGAGACUUGAAAAGCUCUCCCCCCUGCGAUGGAACUGGAAACAUUUUUGGAUCUUUCUCGCCCUCUCAUCGAGGUUAAAAAGAAAAGAAAAGAAAAAAAAUUUUGGAAAACGAUCACAGCGUAGUACUAGAGUUGCUUGUGUUACUGAUGGGGGGAAGGAAAAAGUUUAUUGUAUAGAUGACGUUUUACCAACGAAAAAAGUGGAAAAAAAAAUGCAAAGAAAAUUUUGAAAAAGAUGUACUUUUCACUCUAGUAUGAUAGUAUUUCAUAACAAUAUUAAGUUGUUGCGGUGGCAACCAAAUGUUGCAGUUACUAAAGUUUGGUAUUUUUGUAAAUGACAUUGUUAAGUUGAUUUUUUUGUUUUGUUUUUUGGGUUUUUUUUGCUAGAACACUGUACACAAGGUAGAUUGUAAAGAAGAUAUGAACAUUUCUUAUUCAACGAGAAUAUGACAGUGACCUGAUAUUUUCACUAGCAAAUAACAGCCUCUAUACUGACUGUAACACUUCUAGAUUUAAAAUCAUCAAUGUUAUAUAGAUUACAUAUAAAUAUGAAUAUAUAUAUAUGUAAGAACUAAAUAUUCUAUAAAUUAAGUUCAGAUGUAAAACUCCUCCCCUGACAAAGGACCUUUAAGUUCCACACUGAGACGUUUUAUUUGAAGCGUAUUUAUCCGUAGAUUUUAGGAUUGCACUUUUUUUGUUUGUUUUUCACUUCCUUUAGACUUCAAAGGCAUCGGUAAUUAAUUCAACAUAUUGUUGCAUGGGAAAAUAUUUUUCUUUUACUUGCUAAACGAUAACAUACUGAAUGUUUUUAAAGAGAAACAAAAAAAAACAACAUAUAUGUCUGUACGGCCUGCAGCAGCAACCUUGUGUAUGGGAUCCCUUUGAGGCGAAAGGUUUCUCGACGUGCGUUUGCUGUCGUUGAUAAGAUGGUUUUAAAAAAGAGAGAACGGGGAAGAAGAAAAAAAAGGAGAAAUGUAAGCACUUUCUGAGCAGUUGGUCAACUGAGCAGACUCAGCUUAUCCAAACACUUUGCCUUAUCUUGAGUCCAUCGUGCUUGAGGUUUUAUGUUUUUAAGAGCUCUUCUGAAAUUUAUUAAAGACGACUUGAACGGUCUCACUUCUCAAAUCCCUUCGGAGUUUCCUUUCAAUUGUGAUUCUUUAUAUCCGAGGUCGUUUAAUUUUCCUUAAAGGUUUUAAUGUGUGCGCCAUGAAGCCAACUGGGAGCACUGCAACCGAACUGGUCUCCCGGAGUGCGUAGUAGCCGUGUUGGGUCCCAUUGUCUUACAAUGGAACAGCUUGAGCAUGUAAUUCACAGCUUAUGACAGCAGAGGGCACUACAGUAGAGACCGCAGGGUUGCAGUCUCCUUUACAAAGUUAAACUGACAAUAAGACUCUCAUUGGAUUCAUAGUUUUAAUGUAAUCAUUUUAAAUGUAUUCUUUUGCAUAUAUUUUGUGCUAUUUUAUGUUUAUAUAGUCAGUUGUUUCUUUGGUUCCAGCGAGAUAGUGUAAAAUUUAUUGAGAGAAAGAAAUAAAGAAAAUGAAAUGA